AUGGGCUGGUUCUGGGACUGGAGCAGCGGCAAUGACCCCACCAACGAUCCCUAUAAGAAACUUGAUCCCGCCUUGCGCGACUUUCUCGAGAAGGAAUCGCCAUUGAAGUACGAACAGACGAAACCUUCGCCAGCUCCUCGACAACUCCCAUCAACUCCACCUGUCCCAUCGCAGCCAUCGACAGAUGCCGCGCCCAACACGUAUCGAUCUCAAAUAGGAUUGAACUCGCCAGGCCUCGACGCACAGAAUCAGCAAGCGGCGCCUCAGCGCGAUGAAGCAGCCGUUCCCCCACAGUCCUUAUUCCAGGAUGGAAGAUACGCUCAUCUUUGGAAGGAUUACAGACCACAAGCUGAGGUUGAAGCCGCCGGUCGAACAGAUCAAGAUCGCCUGGCAGCUGUCGUAGAGGCCUACAAAGAUCGCAAAGCUGCAAUAGGAAGAGCAGCAGUGGAGAAUUGCGUGGAUUUCCAGCUUGCCGAGAAAGAAUGCUGGCAGAGUGGCUCAUGGAAGUCCAAGAUGACGAUGUGUCGAGAGGAGGGAAAGGCAUUCAACAGAUGCUACACGAUGCAGGCUCGAUUCCUGAAGGCAUUGGGUUAUCUUGCGACGCAGAGGUCAGACGAGGAAGAGGAGAGGAUACAAAUGCACGCCGACAAGCUCUAUCACGAGAUGUUGCAUCGAGAACGCAGGGCAAAGGAAGCGAAAGAGCAGGGCUUGGAAGAGGUCGAGUUACCGCCUCUCAUCCAGCCAGAAACAACGACGAAAGCCUUGGGAGAGGACAGUGCUUGGGCGCGAGCGCGUAGGAAGGCAGCGGAAAGCGGCAUUAACUACAACCUCAGCUCUUUCCCAGCUGAACAGCAAGAGGAGAUUAAAAAGCGGAUUGAAGGUCUGCCGAAGCACGAGAGGGAGCUCGAAUUGCAACUCAUGGCAGCAGAAAGCAGGGCACAGAUGGAGUAUGCGCAGCAGAUCAGCAACCGAUUGGAAGAGGAGAAGCAGCACAGAGCGGAUAGGCGAGAACGUGGAAAGGAGACGAUUGGUGAUACUCUGAAGAGGCUGUGGGGAUGGGAUAAGUGA